AUGGCUCCAAUAGUCGACAACCGAUUUAUGUUGGAAGAGUUCGCUAUAUGCUCGAAGAAAAUGGAACAGCAUUGCAGGAAAUCGAACUACGAAUUUCUCGAGGCUCAGUUUCAGGAACGUAAAAACAUAAUCAAAGGCAUUCCUGACUUUUGGCAGAUAGCGAUUUACAACCAUCCGGUAAUCUCGGCGAUCAGUGAGCGAGGGCAAGAUGUUAUCCUGAAGUUCCUGAACGAUCUACGGGUGGAGGAAUAUAGCGCCGAUGAUAUGGUCGGUUUCCGUUUGUGUUUCCAAUUCGAUCCCAAUCCGUUCUUCACUAACGAAGUGUUGACGAAGGAACUUCUUACGCUUGCGAGUGGGGAAAAACUUACCACAAGCACGGAAAUUCAGUGGAAUACGAUGUUGGAUGGAACGGAAUUGCAGUCAGUGUUGAAGGACUCUCGCGAGAUACGUUCGUUCCUGGACUGGUUUAUGGAGAGAGACGAUUCCUUCGUAUAUAUUGCGGAGCGCAUUAGAUGCGAUCUGUGGGUGAACGCAUUUACGUACUAUAUGAUGUCACAGGAAGGGGAAGCAGUGGCAAUGGAAAGCAAGGACUUCAAAACAGAUGAUCAUUUAAUUGUGACCGCGGCAAUGAUCGAGCAAGAAGAGAAUAGAAGAGCCCCUAAUGAGAAUAAAAUGGAGAAAAACAGCUCAGAGCCUCGUAGGAGUCAACGGCUGAAAUCUAAACCAAGAAUAAACUGGAAAAUUUGGGCUGAUUUUUAA